UUCAGUCUUGAAGUAAAAAUUUUAAUUCUACGAAUAAUUAUUUUUGCAUCUUUUUCUUGUGGUGAAUGACAUAUUCACCUUUAAAUAUAUUUGUGAAUAACAAAGUACAUACAAAAACUUUUCGUUCAUCAAAACUACUUCAUUUAAUGAACAAAACUAACUGCUUUGAAAAACAAUAACUGGAAACUCUAUUUUUGAACGAAAAGAGAAGCCAUUUUAUGAAAACUUGCUGAACUUUCCUGAAAAUCGAUAAGGAUCGAUACAAUCAAUGUUACAGGAGGUAAAAAGAUUCAUCUAACGUUGAACCGACAGUCACUGGAAUAUCGUGCCCGACACCCAUUGGUAGUUACGGACCAAAACAACGCUCUUCUUCAUCUGGAACCGCUUUCGCAUUAUAUCGGUAAUUUGUUGAUAAUGCCGAUGAAUAAUUUUUCACUCUCUAUUACGGUUUAACAUUAUAUAGAUUUUACUGUCAAUUUCGGUUAGCUAUGGUUCAUGUUGUCUCUUACGCGGUUGUUUUUUCUCACACAUGUUGAUUAAAUUCCUUGAUCUUAAUGAAUGCUAAGAAUUGGAAUUGUAGUGGGUGUCUGUCUUCAAAAAACCUUAUAGAACUUUAUCUUUUUUUUUAUUUGAUGGUAGUUAUAUUUACGUCCAUAUAUAUGUAUGUGUAGGUUUCGGAUAAACCGUGGUACAUGCAUAACAUUUUUAAAAACUUUCUUUUAGAAAGUUUCAGAAUUCGUUUGUUGAUUUCGUCGCUUUACAUAAUAACAUAGGUUCGUAUAGAUGGUUUAAUCUGAUUAUUUUAGAUUUGGUUUGAGUAUUAAUAUGUCGUUUUUUGGAGGUAAUUAUUUGUAUCACCUGUUGGCUAAUGCUGGUUUAAAGAACUUUCACUUUUUAAUGUUAAUUCUGGUUGAUCUAUUAUACAGAGUUAUAUCCAAAUAUUUGUAUAUAAUUUUAGAUUUUUAAUCGUCUGGGACUUAAGUACUGUUUUUUGUUAAAAAUAUAGUCUUGGUUUUGUUAGAAUUGAACUUAACUUUUAAAGGGGAAUCUGUUAUAGAAUUCAAUUUAAAAUGGCAGUACUUUAUUGUUGUCAUUAAAGACGCUUUGUAUUUUGUUUAAAUUAUAUAUAUAGACUAAAAAACUAAAAAAUGUUGUUCCCAAUUAGUAAAAGUAAUUGUUUAAAAUAGAUUUCUCUUCCAGAAAUUUAAGUAGUUUUGUGCAUUCUACUUCUCUGGAAAAUUUGCAGACUUCAUUUAGUACUUUCCACGUGUAAGAGUUGCCAUACAAUAUUAAAUACUUUCAUAUUUAAAAUUAUUUAUAUUUAAUUUUUUUUUGUUAAUAUUUUAUUAUUCAAGAAUUAAAACCAAUUGCUCUGCUUACUCAAAAAUUUUAAAAUGAAUUGCGAAGAAAAUGAUGGAAGUGAUGGCUUGUCAGAAACACAUUCUGGUGAUAUCAAUACCUGUUUGAAUUAUAAAUCUAUAUCGAAUGUUUCUAUAUAUCACAACUGUUUAAAUGUUACUCCCAGUGAUAAGAGAAUCCAUUUUGGAUCUCCACUGGGUUGUGAUAAUGCAGCUGAUAUUACUGUAUUUCAUAGCUGUAAUACAUCAAAUAAUAGUGUCGAAAACAGCAUCGAUGGCGAUAGUUCUUCUAAAUUGAUUCCGAACUCAAGUCAGCUUAAUGCAAUUGCUGGAAGUAAUAAUUGUAAUGAAUGUAUUGCUGCUAAUACCAAUGGAACUGCAAAUACGGACAGUAUUCAAAACGGUGAUGAUAAAAAGUCUAAAGUUCUUCUUAGUUCUUUUGGUGUGAGUAAUGGAACUGGUGUAAAAAGUAUAAAGAAAGAAGAUGUUUCAUCCAAUUUGGCAACUAUUGAACUUAAAAUUAAGAACCCGAAAAAAAAUAUCGCAUUAAAUAGUGCAAUUGCAUCAAAAAGUUCUAAUGCAUCAAGAAGUAUAUUUGCAUCAAAAAGUAAUUUGCUUUUUGUUAAAAGCAAACUUAACCUACAAAUUACCCAAGCAAAGCGUAUACAUUUCCUCCGUUACGGUAACAAGUUUCAUACCGGUAUUACACUACCAGUUUCUAAGGUAAAAUACAAAGCUUUUGAAAGUCUCUUAGAAGACGUUACCCGCCUACUUUGCUGCACUCUUAAAUUACCUGGGCCGAUACGAGCAAUUUAUACCAAAAAUGGUGAAAAUAUUAUUUCUAUUGAGGAAUUCGAUCCAACUCAAUCUUACAUAUGUUGCUGUAAAAAUGAAACUACAAAAAAAGAAACAAUAAAUGACGGUCCACAAAACAAAGCACCAGGAAGAAUUUCACUCUGUCAAACUCAACGACCCACUCGUUAUCUUCGGCUUGACAUAAAGCGUGAAGGUUGUGUGCGUCCACGUGUUAUUAUCUUAAUCAAAUAUGGUCCGAAACCAAGGAAGAUAUUUCAGCUUCUUUUAAAUAAGGAUAAUAAUCAGUCAUUUGGAAAAAUCAAGCAAACAAUUACUGUCGCCUUAAAAAUGAACUCAGGUUCCAUACAAAAAAUAUUUACGCUUUGGGGAUUUGCCAUCCGGAAGUUGGAAGAGUUCUUUGGAGAUGAAGAUAUAUUUUUAGUUCACAGUAAUGAAUAUGUUUACUAUCCAGAUAAUUUUGAACUAGACGGCGCUGAAAUUCAAAAAUUAGAAGAAAUUUGUCAGAAGUCACAAAAUAUUGGCAAGUUAUAUCAAGUUUUAGAAGCGGAAACUUCACAAACAGUUGAGAAAGAAUUCGAUAUACCCGAAAUACUACAUGAUAGGUACAAAAUUGAGGAUAAAAUAGGUGAAGGACAUUUUGCUGUAGUUAUGAAAAUUAUUAGUCGGCGUACAAAAAAAACUUUCGCACUUAAAAUUGUUGAUAAAUACAAGUACGAUGACGUGGAAGAGGUUAUGGAUUCGGAAAUUAACGUGUUGCGUACAUUAAAUCAUCCUCACGUUAUAUCACUUUUGACAGUCAUAAACCGUCCCAAAAAAUUUUACUUAGUCACCGAUUAUAUGGCUGGAGGCGAUGUUCACGAUGUACUAAGUAAGUCUAAACAAUUUUCUGAACCGCAAUGUCGUUUGAUAGUGAAGCAAUUGGUUUUAGCAUUAAAUUAUCUGCAAACAUUGCAUAUUGUUCAUCGGGAUGUAAAAGUUGAAAAUCUGUUAGCUUUGUGCGAUGAGUCCGGAUAUAUAAAAAAUGUAAAAUUGGCAGAUUUCGGUUUAGCAGUUCAAACUAAGAAACAAUUAUUUGUUUUGUGUGGAACGCCAUUAUAUAUGGCACCUGAAAUGCUAUCAAUGGAUGGUUAUGGUAAAGAGAUCGAUGUCUGGGCGACGGGUGUAGUGCUGUACUAUAUGGUUUUUAAGGCAGCACCAUUUGAUGAUGAUGAUGAGCAGUUAUUGCAUGAGAAAAUAUCUGUUGGGGAAUUCUGCUAUCCUGAAACCGAGGUAAGUGCAGAUUGCAAGAAUUUGAUAGAAAACUUACUUCAAAUUGAUCCUCGUACACGUUUUACUUGUGACAAAAUUUUGAAUCAUAACUGGAUGAAAGGGAAAACUUUUGAACAUUAAAAUGUUUGUUUACUUUUUUAUGUUAUUGAUG